AUGUUUCUCGCUGCUGCUUCGGACCCCUCUAUGGGGCAGCAGCAGCAGCAGCAGCAACAGCAGCAGCAGCAGCAGCAACCCUCUGAGGAGCUGCAGCAGCUGCAGCUUCUCUUCUCCGCUAGAGGCUCGGGUACUCCAGUAGGUGACCCGCUGCAGCAGGACCCUCAGCAGCAGCAGCAGCAGCAACAGCAGCAGCAGCAGCAGCAGGAAAUAGGAGGUUUAUGUAGCGGCUUAUCUGGUGCUGCAGCAGCAGCACAGCAGUACCUAGCAUCAACAAGGGGCCCCCCAUCAUCGAUGGGGCCCCCUCCCCCAGUCUCAUACCCUGUACAGCAGGGUCCGCCUCCCCCUAUAACAGGGGGCCCCCUGGGGGGCCCCUCGCGGCUGCUGCUGUUCGUCGAUAGACCCACCAGGACCUUCGCUCUGCAAGAGGGAGAUAUCAGGGACUGUGUCUCUUCCUAUGGCCCCAUAGAAACUGUCAAUCCCUGCCGCACCAAUCGCAGCAGCUACAACCAACCAGCACCAGCAGCACCAGCACCAGCACCAGCAGCAGCAGCAGCAGCAGCAGCAGCAGCAGCAGCAGCAGCAGCAGCAGCGGGAUGA